UCCGGCAGUUGGCCAAUGGGCGCCCCCGGCCUCUCACCCGCUGCGCGCGGGGGAAAGGAGGACCCUCAUAAGAGCGGCGGCCGAAGCACGCCGUCGCAAAACAAAGCCAUGCGCCGCCGGGGACUAGUCGACGCGUGCCGGCUCCUCCCGUCCACGAUGCUGCUGCCAUUCUUCCUCCUCGUGACGUCUUCGUCAUCUUUGCUCGCCGGUGCCGCCUCGUCGGAGUCCAGCGACAUGGCCAUGAACUACCUGGAGAAGUUCGGCUACAUCGCGCCCACCAAGAACGGCACGGCGGCGCUGCGCUCUCAAGAGGCUCUCGUCGACGCCGUCAAGGAGUUCCAGCGGUUCGCGGGCAUCAGGGUCACCGGGCGAGUGGACAACGAGACGGCCGCCACGAUGCAGCUUCCCCGCUGCGGCGUCCGGGACAAAGUUGGCUUCGGUCUGGACGCUCGACGGAGAAGGAGGCGUUAUGCGCUGCAGGGUUCCAAGUGGGCCAGCAACGAGCUCUCGUAUCGCAUCAGCAAGUACCCGCGCCGCGUCAAGGACCGAGUUGCUGUCGACAAGGAGAUUGCUAGGGCCUUCAAGAUGUGGUCCGACGUGUCACCGCUGACGUUUACGCACAAAAAGACGGGCCCCGUGAACAUCGACAUCCAGUUUGUGCGCGGAGAGCACGGCGAUGGCGACCCUUUCAACGGACCAGGGGGAACCCUGGCGCACGCCUUCUUCCCGCGCUACGGCGGAGACGCGCACUUCGAUGACGAAGAGAAGUGGACCAUAGACGAGUACACAGGCGUGAACCUGUUCCAAGUGGCGGCGCACGAGUUCGGCCACUCGUUGGGCCUGUCCCACUCGGACGUGCGACGUUCGUUGAUGGCCCCCUUCUACCGAGGCUUCGAGCCGGGCUUCCAACUGGACCGCGACGACAUCGACGGAGUCCAGGCUCUCUACGGAGCCGUGCACAGGACGACCAAGACGCCGAGCAAGGGAAGUCGCAAGCCGGCGCAGCCUGGUCCCGACCUGUGCCAGGACGCCACCAUUGACGCUGCCACGAGGACCGAGGACGGCAGCUCCUACGUGUUCAAGGGCGACUACUACUGGAAGAUUGAGACUGACGGAAUAGCCGACGGCUACCCGAGGAGGAUAUCGGACGACUGGGGUGGCCUUCCAGGUCAUAUUGAUGCAGCGCUCACGUGGUCCGACGGAAAGACCUUUUUCUUCAAGGGAGGCAAUUACUGGCGCUUCCGCAACAAGCAGGUGAGCAAGGGCUACCCGCAGAAGAUCAGCGUCGGCUUCCAGGGCAUCCCGGACAACCUGGAUGCAGCGCUCGUCUGGAGCGGCAACGGAAAGACGUAUUUCUUCAAGGGGAACCAGUACUGGCGGUACGACAGCCGAAACGAAGUGCCUGUAAGCGACCGCUACCCGCAACCGGUCAGCAACUGGAACGGGGUGCCUGGACACUUGGACGCAGCUUUUCAAUGGCAGAACGGUUACUCCUAUUUCUUCAAGGGACCAAACUACUACCGUUUCAACGACAAAGACUUUGGGGUCGACAAGGGCGACCCGCCGUACCCGCGUGCCACUUCGGUCUGGUGGUUCGACUGCAAGGCUAUGUCCAGCGCCAUGGCUCAGCAGCAGGCGUCCUCACGACGCCACCCAGAAAGUGCCACAGCGCACGUGCUGGACCGCACCGAGGCGCCGAUGGCUCCCAGGGUCCCGGUGCGCCCGCUGGGUCUGCAGAGGGAUGCCGCUCCCGAGGCGCCCGAACUGGGUCCCGUUGGGCACGCCGAAGCACCGCCGCCGACAACUGUCGCCGCCGGCGCCAGCACGUCCUUCCUGGCCUCCAGCACCGCUGCGCUCGUGCUCCUGGCGGUUCCCCUUUUCAGGCCGCUCGUGUGAAGUGCAGCCUCCGACAGCGCACAACUUAAGUUUUGGAAGUCGCUUGCGUCAUAGUCGCCUUGCCUGUCGAUCACAUCACAAGCAAGGCAAAGAAGCAGCGUUCCUGAGAGGGCAUUUUUCGACAUCAAUGCGAGUCACACACAAGUUUUCUGGACUGCUGGGAAGACGCGUCCAACAUUUGUGUAUACAUACACCUGCGUUCUUAAAGCGAAUCCUUCUCGAGAGAUUGAGGAGAAUUACGACGGUGCUCACAUGACCACUUUGGAAAAGCCACUUUCUAGUAGCUGCGCAGAGAAAGCUAUUGGAACUCAGCACAGGUUUUGAUGAUGUGUGAUGCGCAAGCUGUUGACGGAGUUAAGUACGGCUAGCCUGCAAGACUGGCUUCGUUUUCAGUCUUCCUGGUUUUCUGAAUGCUCAAGCGUCACCAUAUAUUCGCGGUGGGCUUCGAAAUGUGUUUAAUGUUAUUUAAGCAUAACUUCACCAGACUGCAAGGCCUCACGAGUUCUGCAGAGAUGAAGGUGGCGGAAAACUUGGACCAAGUAUCUGGUUCGUUGAAGAGGACGCGCCCCUUCAAGAUUUCGUGGUCUUUGUUUUGGAUGACGCAAACACUCCCAUAUUUUUCACUCGUGGACAGUUUUCCAGUGAGAACUCGUGUGUGUGUGUGUGUGUCGUGGAGCCUCCUGACUGUGUCGGGAGGAGGUUGUGAAUUCGCGGCUCCUUCCAUGAAGAAACCGGACAUGCGAAAGUUAUCUUUUUCUUCUCUCGUUUUGCUAGCGUUUUACUUGUUUCCUUGUGCUGGGUGAGUGGCGAGUUGGUUUAGGACAGAAACAAGUGAUAGUGCUUGCUGAGUGCGGUUCCCGAAAAAUGCACUUCUCCUUAAUGAAUUCGUUCCAUCCGGGCUCGGAAAUGUAUUAAGAAUUACACAACAGCAUUUGCUCGCUGUUACUCCUUUGGCGUAAAGCUCUGACACGAGUCAAGAAGAAUGCUCAGCGAUCAGCCAGCUUCAGCGUACGUGAAGUGUGAUACGACCAUCUUUUUGGUCAUUUUCUUUUUCACAGUGCAAGCCUAGCUACCGUAAAGUCACUUGGCGUCGAACUUCAGCUCUAUCAUUCGAGGAGGUUGUCGGGGAACGGAUAAGCGAAGGAGAAGAGGUUUCAUAGGAGCCGUACCUGGCUGAAUUGUGUGAAGCCGGAGUGAAUUGUGACAAGCGCGUGGCGUGAUAGUGCCAGGUAGCGAGCACCAGCCGUCGAGUGCGUGUGCUGGUGCCGCCGCCAUUCACCAAAGACUGACCAAGAGGGGCGCAGGCCGCCCCCCCUGGCGCCCCACCCCUCACAUAUCCACCCCAUCCGUCCGGCUGGCCCGGGCUCUGCCCAGAAGGCGGCCGGACCCCAGGGCGGUCCCUAGCUACCGCAUCUGAUCACUCAUCCCCCUCUGUGCGUUUUGUCCCUGCGAAGACACGACCCGCGACAGCAUGAUGUGUCGUUGCGACUUCUCGCCGCCAAAACGUUCGGUUCUCCCACGGCGUUCACCUGUCGACGAUACCCGCGGUAGUUGGUUGUUUAUUCAUUAAACUCGUUUGACAUUGUG